CACGCCCUCACUGCCAGUAACUUCCGCUUCUGUGUCAAUCCAGGGCUACACAGUAGAUUUCUCUUCAUCUUUCUGGACUUGUCAAAAAUAUUUACAUUGCAAACACCGCCAAGGUUAUUAAUUUGCUACACCCAACAAAGCCAAAGAAGAGCUGAUCUUUGAACUGAACUCUCCUGUGGUGGCUCUUCUGCUGGUCAAACUGUCCAAAAUAAUCAGAUUGUUUGGGACACUCACUGGAUAUUGAGCGAACAUUGUGCAGUUUCCGUGGUGACCAGAGGGACUUUGAUUGACACGUCUCCCUCCAGCCGAACUGUGAAGGGCUGCCAUCCAAAGGAACAUGUGCUAGAAGUCGAACAUCUGUCCUAAACAAACGGCCAGCUUUGACUCUAGAAGAUGAGCAAUGAGGAUGAGUUCUACGAUGCCGUCACAGGCCUGGACUCAGACGAGUCGUUUGAAGGGGUGUCGGAGGCCAGUUUCAAAGAUGCACUGAUGCACAGCAGCAGUCAGAAAAACAAUGGAUCAGUGCCGCAGGAGAACGGCAUCAAGAAACACAGGACGUCAUUACCUGUGCCCAUGUUUCCCAAAAACACUGUCAGUGUUUGGAGUAUCCUGAAGAAAUGCAUCGGACUGGAACUGUCCAAGAUCACGAUGCCCAUCGGCUUCAAUGAGCCUCUGAGCUUCCUGCAGAGAAUCACAGAAUACAUGGAACACACUUACCUCAUCAACAGAGCCUGCUCGCUGCCUGACUCCAUAGAGCGCAUGCAGGCAGUAGCUGCUUUUGCUGUGUCAGCAGUGGCACCUCAGUGGGACAGAACUGGAAAACCCUUCAACCCUCUGCUGGGAGAGACCUAUGAACUCACCAGAGAGGAGCAGGGUUUCCGGCUGAUAUCAGAGCAGGUGUCCCAUCAUCCCCCUGUUAGUGCCUUCCAUGCAGAAAGUCUGGCUGGGGAUUUCAUCUUCCACGGCUCCAUCUACCCCAAACUCAAGUUCUGGGGCAAGAGCAUUGAGGCUGAGCCUAGAGGGACCAUCACACUAGAGCUACUCAAGCACAACGAGGCGUACACAUGGAGUAACCCUUACUGCUGUAUACACAACAUCAUUCUGGGCAAACUAUGGAUAGAGCAGUAUGGCACAGUGGAAAUACUGAACCACAGCACCGGAGACAAGUGUGUGUUGAAUUUCAAGCCCUGUGGGAUAUUUGGCAAAGAGCUGCACAAAGUGGAGGGAUACAUCCAGGACAAGAGUAAAAAGAAGCUCUGUGUCAUCUAUGGGAAGUGGACUGAGUGCAUGUGGAGUGUCGACCCUCAGGCCUACGAGGCCCACAAGAAGUCAGAGAAGAAAGGAGACAACAAGAAGCAAAAAAAUGAGGAGCUGGAGGGAGCGGAAAACGAUGAUGCAGACGAUAUGCCUGAAGUCCAGGAGACGGUGUCUGUCGUACCUGGAAGCACUCUGUUGUGGAGGAUAGAGUCCAGACCGGCACACUCUUCUGUGAUGUACAACUUCACCAACUUUGCGAUGGCUCUCAAUGAGCUGGAGCCUGGCAUGGAAGCCAUCUUGGCCCCAACUGACUGUCGCUUCAGGCCUGACAUCAGAGCCAUGGAGAAUGGCGAUAUGGAGAAGGCCAGCCAGGAGAAGGAGCGACUGGAGGAGAAACAGAGAGCUGCCAGAAAGGACAGAGCUAAGAAUGAAGAGGAGUGGGUGACUAGGUGGUUCCAGUUCGGCACCAACCCAUACACUGGCUUGCAGGACUGGCUCUACACUGGUGGCUACUUCAGUAGGAAUUAUCAAGACCUACCCGAUAUCUACUGAUAGCUGGCUAGCCAUCAUCAUCAUCAUCCUCAUCCUCCUCCUCCUCCUCUGUAAUUUGCAGUGAUCACAAGUUGGAGAGACAUAUUAAGAAUCUGCAUAUCUACCUUUACACCCAUCUUCAUUUCACUGCCUUCAUUGUCAUCAUCCCUCUUUACCGACACACCCAUCACAGAUUGGAAAAACUUGUACAGAAGGCGAAUGUCUGUCAAACUGCAGCCAGCUUGAUGUUCUCUAAGUCUUCAGGUGUUAUUCUCAUCGUCUUGUGUGACUGUCACCUAGUGACACUUCUCAUCUCUCUGCCCUGGCAUGGUUUAGAGCACAAUAACCAUUUUAUUCUUGACCAGCGGCAGAGUUGGUUUCUCUGAAUCACUUAAAACCCCACAAACUCACAGGUACAGUCUGAAUGUUCAACAUCUUUAUAAUCAAAUCUCAGUCAUCCGAGGAACUGCCAGCCAAGCUUGUGGAAGGUGAGAGUUAACAUGGUCACAUAUUAUUGAGUAAAAUCAACAUGAGGUAAGACAGAAUAAUCCUAGUGAUGGAUUCAUGAACAAGGACGGACACCCAGUCACUGGGGAGAUCAGGGAUGUGAAUGCUCCUUUGACUGAAGAUGGAUUUUGAGGAUGCUUCUUCAUUUUUGAAAGCUUUUAAAGACAAACACUUUAAAAUAAAUAUAGAUCACAUAGAACUCUUCACAGAAAAACUAUUCUAAAGAAAUACUGUUGACUAAUUGGUCAAGACAAAUCUAGUAAAUGUGAGCUCGUUGUUCAUAUGUCAUAACCCAAAAACAUUUAGUGACCACUGUUACUGUCCCAUUAACCUACAAAAUAAAUCAAGACAUCCAACAUUAAAUGCUUGUUUCUUUGACAGUAAAGUGGGAUGUCCAGCAUUCAGAAAAGAAACCACACUUGGCUUAUGGCCUCUACACUCACCGGCCACUUUGUUAGGUACACCUGUACAAUUCUGUGCAAACCUUCCAGCUUAACAUCUGUGUUUU